CUCUCCCUUCGCUCCUAUUUCUCUCCAACCUCUUUACCCUCUCUCUCUACACUCCCCGAUUUCUCUCACCCCCCCCGCCUCCUACCCCCCAAUCUCUGGCCACUCUCCUCUAUUUCUCUUUCCCAUAACUCUCACCCUCCGUUCUCUCCCCCCCCCCCUCUCCUCUACUAUCUCCCCUCUCGUUCUCUCCCCCCUCUUUCUAUCUCUGACUCCACGUGUCCAGCCAGCCAUGGGGAGCCAUCUGCGCGCUCUGGCUGUUCUCGUCCUUCAGGCCGGGUUGCUGCUCGCGGCCACGGCGGGGCUGGAGGAGGAGGCGCACAGCGAGGGCCGUCAGCGCCGGGCGAUCUUCGCCUCCGAGAUGUUCGUCUCGGAGAACCAGAGGCCGCCUUUCCCAAGGCGAAUCGGCACGGUGGGCCGCAUCAGCGCGGGCGACGAGGACGCUCGCUUCGCGCUGUCGGGUCCCGGCGCGGAUGAGGAGCCGAAGAAUCUGUUCGUGAUCGACCCUCGCACGGGCGAGGUGUUCGUCACGGGGUCCCUGGACCGCGAGGAGGAGUCCUCCUACCAGCUGAGCGUGACGGCUCUGAACGAGCUGGACAAUCGCGUGGAGCUGCCGGUGCCCCUGGACGUGUUCGUGAUCGACCAGAACGACAACCGGCCCGUGUUCCUCCACGAGCCAUACGUGGGACGACUCUACGAGCACGCGCCGCGAGGAUCCCCUGUGAUGCACGUGACCGCGACCGACGCGGAUGACCCCGACACGGACAACGGGGUCCUGUACUACCGCCUUGAGGUCGCGCCCAGCGAUCCCGAGCCCGCGCUCAGCUUCGACAUCGACCCCUACUCCGGCACCAUUGUCACCGCCAGCGACCCCGCGCUCAUCGACCACGAGGUGCUGAAGGAGCGCCAUUUCGAGGUGGUGGUGCACGUGUCGGACAUGGCCGAGACGGACGCCGGCCUCUCUAGCUCGGUGACGGCUACCAUCAUCCUGCAGGACGUCAACGACUUCCCCCCCACCUUCGAGAAGACCGAGGUCGAGCUGACGGUCACCGAGAACUUCCAUGGCUCGCUGCUCAACCUGAGCGUGAUGGACGGCGACGUGGAGGGGGGCCCCAACUGGAGGGCCGUCUACUCCAUCGUGUCCGGGGACCCCGACGGGCGAUUCAACGUCACCACGGACCCCGUCAGCAACAGCGCACACCUCACCGUCACCGAGCCUCUGGACUUCGAGCAGGCCGACUCGUACACGCUGGUGCUGCGCGUGGACAACGAGGAGCCCGUGGUGCCCGAGGCCCUGGCGGCCGCCACGGCCUCCGAGGCCACGGUCACGGUCCGCCUCGUGGACCAGAACGAGGCGCCGGCGUUCAGCGCGCUGGCCGCUCGCCUCGAGUGGCCCGAGAACGUCGCUGAGGGCACGCUGCUGCUCGACCUCCACGCCACCGACCCCGACAUUCGACAGCCGCAGAGGGUCAGGUGGCACCCAUCUGUGCUCUGA